UGCCGCAUACAGACAUGUGCUGCUACAGUAUAGAACCGCAGUAACAUGAAUGUGAACUAAACUGCCGUUCUGAAGAGAAUUGAACUUUUGCAGCUCAUUCCCUGAUAUAUAAAGUGGGGGAAAGCAUGAGACUGACUGAAUUCCACCACCAGAGGAAUAAAUAGAAGAGAAGAGAAAGGUUUGAGAGACAUGUUGCAGUGCCGAGUGAAUUUCCUGGACGACACCUACUUUGUGUGGGCGCUGGAGAGAAAUGCACUGGGACAGGAUCUCUUUAAUAAAGUUUGUGAACACCUUGACCUGUUGGAGAGGGAUUAUUAUGGUCUGGUCAUGUGGGAUUCUCCUAGUACCCGGGUAUGGCUGGACUGUGCCAAAGAGAUCCGAAAACAGAUAAAAAGUCCAGUAACGGAAUUCUUUGUCAACAUCAAGUUUUACCCACCUGAUCCCUCCAUUCUAGCUGAAGACAUCACAAGAUAUCUCCUGUGUCUUCAGCUGAGGAAAGAUAUUCUGAUUGGCCGACUGCCCUGUCCACCAGACAUCCUGGCUCUGCUGGGUUCAUACACAGUUCAGUCAACAAUUGGCGAUUAUGACCCAAAUCUCCACAAGAACAACUAUGUCAGUGAAAUUGUUCUUGCACCCAAUCAGAGUGAAGAGUUGGGGGAGAGAAUAAUGGAGCUGCAUUCCACAUACAGAUUCAUGAAUCCUGCUCAAGCAGAUAAGCUUUUCCUUGAGAACGCCAUGGGGCUCCCCAUGUAUGGAGUAGACCUGCAUCCUGCCAAAGAUGUCAACGAUGCAGAUGUGAUGCUCGGCGUUUGCUCUGAAGGACUGAUGGUAUAUGAGGAUGAAAUUAAAACAAAUAUAUUCCUCUGGCCCAGAGUUCUUAAAAUCUCCCACAAACGCAGCACCUUUCUUCUGAAGAUGCGCCCUUCUGAGCAGGAUGAGUUUGAGGGUGCCAUCAGCUUCAGUUUGGCCAACUACCGAGCCUGCAAACAACUGUGGAAAUGCUGUGUGGAACAUCAUAGUUUCUUCAGAAACAGAAUUCAAGACAAAAAAACAAAAAGGCUGCUGACCUUGGGUUCAAGGUUCCGUUACCAUGGAUGCACUCAGUCUGAGUGUCUGGAAGCCAGCGGCAACAUCACUCGGGCCCCUCCACGAUUCACACGCUUUAUCAUCAAGAGAAAAGGAAAUGAAGAAAUUCUGGAUGUUUUAAAACAACCAAUUCGAACAGAGUUGGAUGACUGGUUCCUGGUCUAUGGUCCAGAUAAAUGGCGCAUUUCUACAUCAGAUGAUGUGAUGCUAGAAAGUGAGAAGCUGCAGGAGUGGAAGCAUCAUGCGGAUGAUUGGUGUGUCCUCCUUGACGGCAGCCCAUUUUUAGUAUCAGGCAUCCAGCAGCCCCUUCAGACUGAAGAACAGAGAGAAGAUGUGGAAGUUGUGAAGGGGUCAGAGGAGAGGCUCACAGAUGAGCAUGUGAUAACACAAACAUAUAAAGUUCAGGUCAUCCAGGAGGGGUCUGACAUUAUUGAGAAAGAACUUCAUGAAAUCAUGAAAAGUGAAACUUCGGAAAUUAUGAAACCUCUAAAGGAGACACCCAAAGAAGAAGUACUAGAAGUCAAUAGAGAAAGAAUACAAAGGGUAGUAAUCACUAAAAAGUGGACACAGGAGGUCAACUCUUUGGUGGAAUCACAAGAAGAUGUAAACAAAAAGAUAGAGAGGGUGGAGAUGUUGGAAAGACGUGUAAUGAUCACCGAAAAGAAGACACUGGGAUCUGAGGACACUUUCGAGAGAAUGAAAAUCAUGGAACAGAGACUAGAAGAGGUGGACACUAUCGAGCGAAAGCUAGUUGAGGUGGAAGAGCUGAGGUUUGGAUUACAGGAUGUGGAAAGUUUGGAACAAAGGUUGCAGCAAGUUGAGAAGGAGGAGCUUCAACGAGCAGAGACAGAUGAUUGGUACAUUUUACUUGAUCGCAUGUCAUUGAUGCCUUCAGCUACCCGCACAGGAGGAGUUAAAGAAAAUUUGCAACAGAUAGUAUAUAACCCCAAACCAAUGAAGAAAUAUGACGAUUGGUACAUUCUAUUUGAUGUGCUUCCACAAACCAUGGAAAUAUCGUACCCCCUUCCAGAUGUGAGCAGAUUCGUUCCUGAAGAAGAUCAGGCUGAAGAAGAGAAGAGAGAGGUCGAGAGAAAAAUACAGCAAGAGCUGGUGCCACCAGAGAAGACAAAAACACAGACUAGAGAGGAGGUGAUUCAGAGCAGAGUGAAAACAGAGGAGGUCCAGAAAGAACAACACGAGCAGGUGACAGAGGAUUAUAGGAGACCACAGCCAGCUGUUCUUGAGCAGAGAGCAGCAGAGCCUCAAAUAGACAAAGAGGAUGACUGGUUUGUCGCUUUGGAUGGUUCUCCUAAAAGAUCAGUGCCCUCUGUUGAGAUGUACGAGGAGACCCGAGAGGAGGAGAUCCAGGGAAGAGUGAGAAUAGAGCAAAUAAAACAACAGGAGCAGGUGGAUUAUGGGAGACCACAGACAGUUAUUCUGGAGCAGAAGUCAACACAACCUCAAAGAGAUGUGGAGGAUGACUGGUUCAUUAUUUUUGAUGUUUCUCCUAAAGGAUCAGUGCCCUCAUCCCCACAACUGCAAGAUCCAACUGUUGAGCUGUAUGAGGAGACCAGGGAGGAGGUGAUUCAGAGCAGAGUGAGAAAAGGGGAGCAAGUGAUUGAGGUGACGACCGUGAGCGCUAAAGAACAAAUAAUAGUACCAGAGAAGAAGAGGACGAGUAUCAUACAAACCCCACAGUUUCUAGUCGUGGCCAGAGACAUCGAUGACGACUGGUUUCAGCUUUAUGACAAAGUGCCGUAUGAGCAGAAGAGUUUCCCAUCAGAUGUCAGAAGCAGAGAUUUUGAGAUGAUUCCUGUCGGGGUUCAGGAGGUUGAUGAUGACUGGUUUGAUCUUUUGGACACAGCACCUCCUGAGAUGAGGAGCGUCCCUUCAGUUUCAUUGGCUACUGAAGAGCACAGGAUGAAAGAACAGGAAGACAGAAGAAUGAGACUGCAGCAGAUGAGAGUGAGGGAGGAGGAGGAGAAGAGACUAAGAGAACAGGAGAAGCGAAAACAAGAGCUGGAAGCCAGAAGAGCGCAACCAGCUAUUACUGUGAAAACAGAAACACAGCCUCAGAUUGAAAAAGAUGACGACUGGUUCAUUCUUUUUGAUGUUUCACCAAAAGAAAUAAUUGUUGCAGAUGUCCUUAAAGUGGACAGGAGGGCUGAGGAAGAGAAGAGGAGAAGGGAAGAAGAGAGGAGGAAGCAGAUACAAAUAGAGGAAAGAACAAAAAAAACAGUGAUACCAGAGAAAAAAACAGUACAACUGCGGACAGAAGUGGAGGAUAACUGGUUUAUCCUUAUGGGCGAUUCCCCUAAAGAUUAUGUUCCAACUCUUCGACCCACACCUGUUAUUUCCCCAGUGGCUCCGCCCAAACCCCGCCCGCAGAUCCCAACUGACCAACCACUGACUUCCACUCCGACUGCACAACCUGUGUCCAUUACAAAAACCUAUCAGGAGAAGACAAAAUACAUAUGGAACAUCACACUGGAGUCUGAGUCUGAGAUCGAGCCGGUGCUUAUGAGGAAGAUAAGGAGAAGUGAAGGAGAGAGCGUCUAUAUUCGUCACAGCAUUCUGAUGCUGGAGGAUUUUGAUGUGUCCCAUGAGAUGAUUUUGAAGCACUACGCCAGCAUUACUGAACUUAAGCGUGACUUUAUGGAGGUCAAGCAAGAUUUCGGACCCACUGAAUGGGACAGACGUCUCUCGUCAUACUCACCUACAGCCAAAGCUCAGUUCCUGCAUGCCAAUGAAGAGAUACUCAUGAGAAUGGGCUUAAUUGAAGACAAUGGAAAAACAGUCUGGUUUCGCCCACGAGAGCUAAUAUAUGUCUGAAUUUAAACAGCUUGAACUUUGCAUAUAAUCACUGCUGAAACAUUCAAGUAUGUGAAUGUGUUGAAAAACCAAAUGCUUAGCAUGUUUUAUAGAAUAUAAUCCUCUUUUGCAGUUUUCUUCAGUUUGAUCAAUCUAAUUUAACAUUGUUCAUAAUCGUUGUUUCCUUGUACAACAGUAUAUCAAAAGCAUCAUUUAAUUUGUGUACACUGAAAAAAACUCA